AUGGCUAAGAGACAUAAGCACUUCGAAAGUAGAGGUGGGUUUAGGAAGAAAAGAGGUGGCGGUAGAGGUAGCCAACGUGGCCGGGGCAGUAAAAGAGGAAGAGGUGGUAGAUUUAGAGGGUUUGAAGAAACUGAGAGAAGUGCAUCUGAGCCUGGUGCUUGGCUGAAUUCGUCUGUGCCGCUAGGAGAUGGUGAUCUAAGUAAUCCAGACAUGAUGGUAGAUAAUUAUCGACCAAGGAAACAUAUAUCUCAGGAUACUAUAACUGACCAUUAUUUUGGUCGCAAAUCAAGUCUAAAAUUAAACUCUAUGCGAAUGGCUGGUCUAAGACAUAAUGAUUGGAGAGACCCAAAUAAUGGCAACAGCGCAUCAUUUCGAAAGAGACCCAUAGAAUUUAUAAAAGCCAACUGUACUUAUGAUCCUUCGAGAGACUUAAUAUUACAAUUAGCAAACAGAUCCAAGAAUCAAGAAUCAAAAGAACCUGAAGAAGAUGCCAAUAAAUGUUCAGAAUACGCAGAACAUUCCGAAAAAGAUAUGGAAAUUGAUACAGCCGCAACAGAAAAUGACGCUAAUAUUAGUUAUGAUGAAUCUGAUACAGAUCAAGAAAUUGGUAAUUUUAAUCACAGUAUAGAAAAUUCUAAGCAUAACAAUAACAUUUCAGAGUGUGAUAUCACCGCCGUUACGGACCAGGAACUAUUUUUUGUGGAUGAAGAAGGAAUGGACAUAUCUCAAAAACCCACGAAGGUAGUGCAUAUAACCGAACAUGAGAAAAAAAUGGGGAGUAAUGUUGAGUUUCAUAAUGUUUUAACAGUCGGAAAAGUCGAAAUAUCACUUAAUCAAGAUGAAAACGAUGAGGUUUAUGUUGACAGAAAACCCACAGCAAAAUACCAUCCCUUUCAUAACUAUAUUUCAAAUGUGAUAGAGCGUAUGCAGGAAGAAGAAAAUAUUGAUUCUGAUGACUUUGAAGAUGAAGAUGAUAUAUAUCUAGACAACAGUGGCAACGACAUGCCUGAAACGGAACUUGACCAAGAUGAAAUUAUAGAUUUACAAAGACAUGACGAUAAAGAUCACGCUGUCCAAACCUGUGCAAUCCCAACUAAUACUCUUUCAAAUGAUCUUGACACUCUUCAUAUUACGGAAAGUAACGAUGACAGAAUAACUAUUAAUAAUCAUAACAUGGACUCCACUGUUGAAACAGAUAAAGAAAAAGAUCCUGAAUUUGGAUUUUUGGAAGAAGAUUAUGCAGUAAACACAUCUGAGGUUAUCGUAGAUAAUAUAAGACUGGGACUAAACGACAAUAGCUACUUUUUAAAGUGCUAUAGAUUUUUCGGCGACUACUCCUUUCAUUGGAUUGACCAAGAGGCUUUUGUUUCGUUUCUGACAGAAGACCUCGAACUCCCUAUGAAUCGGGUAGGGGCCUAUUUAGCGUAUGUGAAAAAUAGUUUAGUACCAGAUGAAACACCACCGUCACCGACAUACUCUGAUAUUCCAUUUUCAGAUACCAGCAAUGAAUCAGAUGAGGAUAAUGCAUUACCUAAUGUUGAUGCGGUAUCUUCUUGCAGUAAUGAUGAUGAAGAUGAAGAGUUAGGAGAUGAUGUAGACGACCUUGUUUCAUACUCCUUGAAGUACGCUAACUCUAGAAACAUUGAUUAUGAAACAAGAGCAUUAGAAUUCACAGGCAAGGGUAAGAAAAAGAAGCUUUUGGUUAAUGAACAGCUUGACUUGGAUAAUGAAACCAUGGAAACAUUACAAGCAAAGUUAUCUAAGAGAAUGGAGAACAAAGCCAAAAAGAGAAGGUUGAAAGAAGAUUUUAUUGAUAAGGAGAAUAUGAACUCUGAUGAUCUAUUUUUGAAAUACCCAUAUGGUUUCCACGUACAGAAUAUUAGAGAUGAAUUCGAACUCUUUUUGACAAGAAAUAAGGACAGAAUGUCCUUUCCUCCACUCGAUCCACAUGGAAAUAAAGUAAUAACCAAAUUUGCAACCUGUUAUAAUAUAAAAAGUAGCAAAGUUGGAAAAGGUAAUCACACUCACAUAAUGGUCGAGAAAGUAAAGAAAACCAAAUGGAGUAGACCAAAUUACAACAUGGUCUUACAACUCACUAGACAAAGACCUGUUUUCAUGCGAAUUGAUGUACGCAGACCAAAAGAAGAUGCAAUCAAAGAGAACAGUGGUAGAAGAGGACCUACUGCUAAAUUUCAUGUUAAGGAAGGGGAAGUUGUUGGAGAGAAUGCUCCUGAAAUCGGUCAGGACAAUAUUGGAAGAAGAAUGCUUGAGAAAUUGGGCUGGUCUAGCGGAGAAGGUCUUGGUGCACAUGGCAACAAAGGUAUCAGUAUACCAGUUAUGGCUCGUGUGAAGAAAAGUAAAUCUGGUCUGAGACAUAGUAAAGAAGACGAGGACACAGGCCGUUCCUCAUCAUUCAGAAAAAAAUAG